AUGAACCGCUCUUUGGUGAUGUUCCUUUCUGCUGUUCAACAGUUGUCCUGGCUACAAGCGUCUUCUUCUUCAUGCAUUUGUUGGAUCUCCAAGUCUGCUCAAGCAGAACGCGAAAUUUUCGCAUAUUCUUCCCUCUUCCAAUCUCUUCUUCAUCAGAUUUCUUCGGAAGAGGAUGUCCACAGCCUCCUUGAUCUUCCGUGUCCUGCUGUCUUGCCCACAUGA